AUAGGGGGAAAGGGAAGAAAAGGGGAUUUUCGCCUUGCCGAAGGAAUAAUGGUUUCCCUAUGCUUUAUAUCCCUAUAUUUAUCUACUACGCCAAGAAUGGCGAUGCUUCUAUGUUUCAGCGAAGCUCUUAGAAAACCUAGGGUCUAUGGGACCAUAGCGAGGCAAAGCGUUGCGAGUUUGAGGGUAUCAGCUUUUUCUAUAACUGAAAAAGCGAGGAUACCUAGUGUACAACUAGUCUUAAGUCGAAAAAUGGCUUCGUCGAUAGUAGCCUGUAUAUGCUUGUAGGGAGUCAUUUUUUCAUCAUUGUAGGGGAGAUGUCCCAGAGUCAUAAGCUGCUUUAAGUAUUUGCCUAAUACGAUGUAAGAAGUUACUUUGAACUCCC